CACACACCCUCCAGAGUACACCCGGACCUGCACCUCGGCGUGGCCACGAUGGUCGGCAGAGUUCAGCCCGAUCGGAAACAGUUGCCGCUAGUCCUACUGAGAUUGCUCUGCCUUCUCCCCACAGGACUGCCUGUUCGCAGCGUGGAUUUUAACCGAGGCACGGACAACAUCACCGUGAGGCAGGGGGACACAGCCAUCCUCAGGUGCGUUGUAGAAGACAAGAACUCGAAGGUGGCCUGGUUGAACCGUUCUGGCAUCAUUUUUGCUGGGCAUGACAAGUGGUCUCUGGACCCUCGGGUUGAGCUGGAGAAACGCCAUUCUCUGGAAUACAGCCUCCGAAUCCAGAAGGUGGAUGUCUACGAUGAGGGUUCCUAUACUUGCUCAGUUCAGACACAGCAUGAGCCCAAGACCUCCCAAGUUUACUUGAUCGUACAAGUUCCACCAAAGAUCUCCAACAUCUCUUCGGAUGUCACUGUGAAUGAGGGCAGCAAUGUAACCCUGGUCUGCAUGGCCAAUGGCCGUCCUGAACCUGUGAUCACCUGGAGACACCUUACACCAACUGGGAGAGAGUUUGAAGGAGAAGAAGAAUAUCUGGAGAUCCUUGGCAUCACCAGGGAGCAGUCAGGCAAAUAUGAGUGCAAAGCUGCCAAUGAAGUCUCCUCGGCGGAUGUUAGACAAGUGAAGGUCACUGUGAACUAUCCUCCCACGAUCACAGAAUCCAAGAGCAAUGAAGCCACCACAGGGCGGAAAGCUUCACUCAAAUGUGAGGCCUCGGCAGUGCCUGCACCUGACUUUGAGUGGUACCGGGAUGACACCAGGAUAAACAGUGCCAAUGGCCUUGAGAUUAAGAGCACGGAGGGCCAGUCCUCACUGACGGUGACCAACGUCACUGAGGAGCACUACGGCAACUAUACCUGCGUGGCAGCCAACAAUCUGGGGGUCACCAAUGCCAGCCUAGUCCUUUUCAAGCGUGUUUCACCCACAAUCCCUAUUCCCAUUCAAGAAAUUGGCACCACCGUGCACUUCAAGCAAAAAGGGCCUGGGUCGGUGAGAGGAAUAAAUGGAUCCAUCAGUCUGGCCGUACCACUGUGGCUGCUGGCAGCAUCUCUGCUCUGCCUUCUCAGCAAAUGUUAAUAGAAUAAAAAUUUAAAAAUAAUUUAAAAAAACACACAAAAAUGCGUCACACAGGAUACAGAGAGAGAGAGACAGAGAGAGCGAGAUGGGGGGAGACUGUUUAUUUUACAACUUUGUGUGUUUUUAAAUGAAGGGGGAAAUAAGAAAACGAAGAAGAAAAUACACUUAAAACCAUUUUAAAGUCCAUCAAUAAAAACUU